GUUUUCGACAACGUUAUUGAUGAAAUUGGCUAUCUUGCCGACUUUGUAUGAGCCCUGCAAAUUAUCUCCAACACCAUUACAGAACGUUCAAAAGGGCUCUCUCUGCGCGCCCGCCGGCGAUGGCCACGUUCACGGCCGCAUUCGCGCUGCCUCCAGGCGAUUCCGCCACCGCACGUGGCGGCAACCCUUUUCAUCGAAAGGAGAACGGUUCGUCGCGUCUGGGUGUCUCGAGACCCUCUUGGAUCGUCCGGACCGAGGGGCAAAAAUGAUUAAAUUGGUUAAUCAAAGUGUGCCGGCUGUAUAUCGUCUCUCCAUAUGUUCAUCAAAGAUUGACAUUGUAUCUGCUUUAACCUGGUUAUUUCCAGUUCUGAUUGUUGCUUUGGAGUAUCAGGUUUCAAAUUUAUCUCAUUAUCAACUAGUGUUUGCAAGCAGUCAAAUGUCAGGAAAGAGAGAAGGAAAAAACCAGACCCACCUUGUGUCGUUUGCAAAGGAAGUGGGAGAAUUGAUUGCUAUUACUGUCAAGGAAGAGGCAGGGCAAAUUGUGUGCAUCAAGUUAUGCUUCCAAAAGGAGAAUGGCCAAAAUGGUGCAAGGUUUGUGGUGGAAGUGGACUUGAGUAUUGUAAUCGAUGCCUUGGAACAGGGGAAUACAGAGAUAUAUUUGGUUUUCACUUUAUGAAGAUCAAUGGAAACUCAUCAUGAUGUUGUGAAAAAAGCAAAUAUCUUCAGGAGCAGUCUCUUUGUGUAUGUGGCACAUUUCAGAGUUAUCUUGUCCCGUGCACUCUCAUUGGUGUCUUUUCUCUUUUUUUUUCUACUUCAGGAAAAUAGCCAUUCAACAGAACUGUAAAUUCUUCGAUGUAUUAUUUUGUUUCAGCUGCUUCAAAAGAUGGUAUAGAUCUUGUAAUAGCAAUGCCCAUUGCGCAUUGGCACUACUCGAUCCCAUUUUGAACCUCAAGCUGGAUAGCAAAGGCUUGACAAAUUGUCAGCUAUCCCAUAUCAAUGCAGAUAUCAGUACUAUGUUUUUAACUUGUAAA